AUGGUUGAUAUUCGAAAUGGAAGUCCAACCAGUGGUGACCGACCAAGCAAUCACCCGUCGCCGCUCGAGAUAAUGUCCUAUGCAUGUCAAUCCUGUGUGCGGCGGAAAGUCAAAUGCGACAAGACCAUCCCGGCAUGCUCGAGCUGCAUCAGAGGCAAAGUGGAAUGCAUCUAUCAGGCGCCGUCAGCCCGGCGGCCGAAGAGGAAACGCAGCGAAACCGUGUAUGAGCGUCUAGCGCGGUAUGAGCGCGCAUUACAGGAGAGUGGCCUGCUGUCCAAGGCUGAUACAACACCAGUUUCCUGUUCCGACACGCCCAAGAGCACACCGGCAACAGACUCUCUUCACAUCGACCAGCCGGAGACAACGAAGAGCGGGAAAUUACUCUCUGGCGAGUGUAAAGCUCGAUACAUUGACGGCCAUUUGUGGCGGGAUUUGGGAGAAAUUGACAUGCUGGAAAUGUCGGAGAAUGAGGAAGACAGCCUACCUGCUCCAGUGGACAGCAGCUCACCCAACCAUGAUCUCCUGUUGAGUAGCCUCCAUGGGAAACCGCAUAACCUCACCGAGUAUCAUCCCAGCCCCAAAGAUGUUGUGAAAUUAUGGACAAUGUACACUGAGAAUGUCGAGCCGCUGUGCAAAGUGCUGCAUACUCCGUCGACGGCUAGACUCGUCGAAAGAGUCUCGCAACAGCCCGGCACUGCGUCUAAAAUGCACGAAUGCCUUCUCUUCGCCAUCUAUCACUUUGCGGUAUACUCGAUCACCGAUGAGGACUGCAUGCGCGAGUUCGGACAAUCACAGGGGGUCUUGCUGGGUCGGUACCAACAUGCUGUUCGACAGGCACUCGUCAAUGCAUCGUGGCUGAAGACGACGGCGAUGCCAGUGAUGCAGGCCUAUGUGCUCUUUCUGAUGGCGAUGCGCACUCAAAUUGAUCCUCACACGUUCUGGAUCUUGACUGGUGUUGCGGUCCGCAUUGCGCAGCGCAUGGGGCUUCAUCACGAUGGCGAGAGCCUCGGACUGCCUCCAUUCGACGUGGAAAUGCGGCGCAGAGUCUUUUGGCAGCUUCUGCCACUCGAAGGGUACGCUGGGCAGAUCUCGGGAACCGGCAUCUCCAUCACGCCGGAUAGCUGGGACACCAGACAGCCAUUGAAUGUCAACGACGACCAGAUCUAUCCUGGAAUGACACAGAUGCCUGAGGAGCAGACUGGCGCUACCGAAAUGAUCUAUUGUCUCGCGAGAACGGAACUGAGCAAAUUCUACACCCGCACCGGCGUGAAGACGAAGGAGGUCGGUGCUAGCCUUCAAUUGAGGGACAACGAGCAGCUGGAGAAGCUGAUCGACGAGGUCGAGAACACCAUCGAGGCCAAGUAUCUCCGGUACUGCGAUAUUGUUGACCCGCUCCACUUCCUGACAUUGGGAAGGAUCAGGUCCGCUGCCAACGUGGUGCGAUUGCACAGUCGUAUGCCGCAAUUGAUGAAGAAGAGCGUUGGCGAUCACGAAAGGAGAGCGCUCUGUGUGCUCGCCCAGAAAAUUCUCGAGGCCGAUAGUGCGGUUUACAGCCACCCCAGGAUGAAGAAGUUCCAUUGGUCCUUCAAGUCCUUCUUCCUGGGUGACGCGCUCCUGUGCAUUCUGACGAGCCUAGUGAGGCCCGGAUUCUUCGCCCCUGCAGAGCUGGAUACCGCCUGGUCUAAGUUGGCAGACGUAUUCUCCAAUCACCCUGAAAUUCUGGAGGCCAAAAGAGCCAUUCACAUCGCUGUCGGGAACGUCACACUCAAGGCUUGGACGGCCAACCCGCCGACCGACUCCAUGCCAGAACCGGGGUUCAUCACUGCUCUGCGGUGCUCUCAACGCACGGCCAAACAGGCCAAACCCCCAGACGCGAACGAUCCUGGAAGCAACAUGCUCAAGGACGAUGUUCUUGAAGGAGUCCCACAGACUGCGCCUUUACUCCUCUCCCCCCCGGACAGUGUUGCUGAUGCGCUCUUUGGCAGUCUCGAUGAUGGAAUGGAUAAUCUGGGCAAUGAUUUCAACCUUGAUGUUGCCGACAGGCUGUUUUGGGAUCAGUUCAUUCGAGAUUACGAGAACAGUACUGACAUGCCAAAGACAUGGAAUGUCUGA